AUGCCUGCCAAAUCGUCUCUCGUGCCAGACUUCCUUGGCAAGACGGUCGAUAACGGACGCUUGCUCUUGCAUCGUGUCCUGGGCUCUGGCGCGUACGGCGUUUGUUACGAGGCUCGUUGCGUAAACGAGAACUCGGAGGGACCCAAGUCUUUUGCCGUCAAGUGCAUCAUCAAGGUUGGUCUCGACGACCGGCAGCGCAUGUUCCAGCGUAGAGAGCUCAAGCUGCACGCUGCGGCAUCUGCCCACCCAGGUGUCGUCACUCUCCAUCGUGUCUUCGAAGAGGGCAGCUGCGUAUUCCUUGUGCUCGACCUCGCCGAGGGCGAUCUCUUCAGUAUGAUCACCGAGAAGCACAUAUACCUUGGACGCGAUGCCUCAUCAAACAUGUCUUUUGUCAGCUCAUCGACGCUUUGGAGUAUUGCCACACGCGCGGCAUCUACCACCGCGACCUCAAGCCAGAGAGUGAAUAUCCUAUGCAUCCGUGGUGGGUCCAAGGUCAUGAUCUCAGACUUUGGGCUUGCGACCGCAGACCCCGUCUCAAACGAUUUUGGGUGUGGAAGCUCCUACUACAUGAGUCCUGAGUGUCACGGCGGCGUCUUCCACCGCGUCACCGCCUACGCUACUCGUCAGAAUGAUAUAUGGGCCCUCGGUGUCAUCCUUGUCAACUUGACGUGUGGUCGAAACCCGUGGCGUCAGGCUGGUCCCGCCGACGACACUUUCCGUGCCUACGUCCGUGAUCGCGAUUUCCUACCCAAUAUCUUGCCUGUAUCGUACGCCUGCAACCAGAUCCUCAAGCGCAUCUUCACAAUCGAGCCCAAGGAUCGCAUCACGCUGCCAGAACUUCGACAGGCGAUUCGCAAGGUGGAGCGCUUCACUAUGACCAACGAGGAGCUCCGUCGCGCACCCGAGGCAUGCAAGGCGGCGGCACGAGCUGCAUGGACCGAUGCUCAAAAGGUGGCGAGGCGCAAUCUCCUCACUGUCCCACCCAUCAUUGUCGACGAGCUCAGUCCGCCCAUCGCUGACGAUGAUGUUUUGGUCGCACGCAGCGACGAAGGCUACCUACCAGACGACAACCUGACUCGAUCCUUCUCGGCUGGCUCCGAGCACGUUACAGUCUCGCCAUCUGAUCCUGAGCAAGCAGAACGCCUUGACGAACCAAGAUGUGUCGCUAGCAGGUCUGUAUCCUCGCUGGCUCAUGAGGUGCCUGGUCGUUCUUCGUCUACGCUCUCAUCGUCGUCCACUGUCGCUGAGUCGGAUGGUCCCAUCACGCCCGAAUGGAACCCCAACGCCGACAACGCUGCAGCCCUUCCCGACGUCAACGAAGAGCCUCUGGAUCUCAAUGCUGCUCCUGCAGCCUCUGCAGGCAAGCCCAAGGUUGUUGGUGGUCUUACUGCCGAGCGAGUGCAAAAGGAUGCCCCAUCGAGCACGAUGCGUGGUGUCAAGGAUCUGUGGAAACGAGUGCGAGCGUAG